AAAUAUAUUCUUUGCGCCUCGCAAAAAUCCGCCACUGCCGCGAAAAAGUGUACUCUUGCUGUGCCUCUCGUGCUGCCGAUUUUUCUAUUGUCUUUGGCUGGAAUAUGAGUGAUUCGCGUGAACAGAUUUUGGAGCAAAUUAAAGAGCAAGGCGAUCUCGUGCGUCAGUUGAAGGGAGCCAAGGAGUCCAAGGAGAAGCUGGCGGCGCCUGGCGGUGUGCGCGCGAGAUCAACGAUUGAAAAAGCACAGCAACAACAACAAGAACAACAAAAUCAGCAUGAGCCACAACAGCAACAACAGAUACAAGAACAACAACAACAACAAGCACAGAUCAAUAAGAUCGAUGAGGAAGUCGCCCGCCUGCUGGCCCUCAAGGCCCAACUAGGCGGCGAUGCGGCCCCCGCCAGCCAGAAAUUCACCCUGAAGACGCCGAAGGGCACCCGGGACUAUGCCCCCCAGCAGAUGACGCUGCGCCAGGGCGUAUUGGACAAGAUUGUGCAGGUGUUUAAGCGCCACGGUGGCGAGGCCAUCGACACGCCCGUCUUUGAGUUGAAGGAAGUGCUCACUGGAAAGUACGGCGAGGACUCGAAGCUGAUCUAUGACCUGAAGGACCAGGGCGGCGAGAUCCUGUCCAUGCGGUACGACCUCACGGUGCCCCUCGCCCGUUACCUGGCCAUGAACAAGAUAUCCAGCAUCAAGCGCUACCAUAUCGCCAAGGUCUAUCGGCGGGACAACCCGGCCAUGACGCGCGGCCGGUACCGGGAAUUUUACCAGUGCGACUUCGACAUCGCCGGCACCUACGACCCUAUGCUUGCCGACGCUGAGUGCGUGAAGAUCGUGGCCGAGAUCCUGGACACGCUCGAAAUUGGAGAUUAUGUGAUAAAGCUGAACCACCGCCAGCUGCUGGACGGCAUGUUCGAGGCUUGCGGCGUCCCGGCUGAGAACUUCCGCGCCAUCUGCUCGGCAGUGGACAAGCUGGACAAGUCCCCCUGGGCGGAUGUGCGCAAGGAAAUGGUGACGGAGAAGGGCCUAGACGAGGCAACGGCCGAAAUGAUUGGCGAGUAUGUGCGCCUAAGCGGCGGAACGGAAUUGGUGGAGCAGCUGCUGGCGGACCCCAAGCUCAAAGCAGUGACCAAUGCGGUCAAGGGUCUGGAGGGGAUGCAGUUGCUGCUUAAGUACUGCUCCAUCUUCGGCCUGGACAAACGGGUAAGCUUCGACCUGAGUCUGGCGCGUGGCCUCGACUACUAUACGGGCGUCAUCUACGAGGGUGUGCUCAAGGCGGAGCCCAGCAGCAGACCCCCGGCGAAGUCCCCACAGCAGAACGGGGAGACCGCGGAGCAGGCCACCGUGGGAUCUGUGGCCGGUGGCGGUCGGUACGACAACCUGGUAGGAAUGUUCGAUACACGCGGCAAGGCCGUUCCCUGCGUGGGUGUCUCAAUUGGCGUGGAGCGGAUAUUCGCAGUGCUGGAGGCCCGGUUCGCAGCCAGCAAGGUGAAGCUUCGCACCAACGAUGUGGAGGCGUACGUGGCAUCCGCUCACAAGGGUCUCCACGAGCAGCGGCUGCGCGUGCUCAACCAGCUCUGGGAUGCAGGCAUCAAGGCGGAGCACUCGUACAAGCUGAAUCCGAAGCUAUUGGUCCAACUGCAGCACUGCGAGGAGCACCAGAUUCCCCUGGUUGUCGUCCUGGGCGACGCGGAGCUGGCCCAGGGUCUUGUCAAGCUGCGCGAGGUUACCACACGGCAGGAGACGAGCGUCAAGCUGGAGGAUUUGCCUGGAGAAAUUCGGAGACGUCAGCAGGCCUAAGCCUGGAUACUUUCCCGCACGGAUGUGCGGUGCCUGCCUAUCCUUUAAUUUAUAAACCGCAUUCAUCCUGUAAUCUUUUUUUUUUGUAUAUGUACGUUUUGUAUUUUUGGGCCCAGAGGCGCCACGUGCUACUAUUAUUAUCGUAGGAAUUACUUUGGAUCUUUGAACUUAUACCAAAACUGAACGCUAAAAAUAAAUUGCAAACGCAAUUCGCAUUUAAACGAGAAAA